UUUGUGCAAGGCUUGCAAAAAACAUACAUUUAAAAAAUAUGAAAUAUGAAAGUGUGUAAUAGAUUAAAUAAAUUAUAAUUAAACAGAGCGCAUUUAGUGGUGUCGUCGUGAGCGUGAUUAGUUGUCAACAACCUUGAAUAACAGCCAACAGCCGUGUGCAUGAUGAGCUUGUGGAUUUGGAUUUGAGCACAAAUGCGAUUUGCAACAAGUGUUUGUUUGUUGUUUGCCGCUCGGCAGGAACGAGUUUGCUGCUGCUUCUUCUUCUUUGUGCUGUUCUUCAUCUGCCCAAAAUACAUAUCCAGAAUGCGAAUGCGAAUUUUGUUGGUACUGAUUUUGCUGCUCGAUACGACGUUGACAGCCUCCUCACAACUGCAAUGGAUGAGGAAGCCAACCAACUCGGUAACAAUACGCCAGAGUGCUGGAGGCUUGUGUGCCAAUCACUUGGCUGGCUCAUUUGUGGAGCAUGCCGAAGACUGUCGGUUGUUUUAUCUGUGCAUGGAGCGUGGUGAUGCUGUGCUGGCCUCCUGCCCGUCAACGAUGCUGUUCAACUCGGAGAAUAAAAUUUGCGAUGCGCCAGAGAAUGUGAGAUGCACGAAUAGCAGCAGCAACACUGGUAGUGGAAGCACUAGCAAUCCGCCGCCCAGUGCCAGCGACAAUGACUUAAACAACAUGGUCACGGAUGCCGCCACUUAUUGUGCCACGUUAACGCCUCAGCCGGAAAACGAUCGCAUUGUUUAUAUAGGCAGCUCGACCAGCUGUAAUAAUUACUACAUUUGUUAUUAUGGACAGGCCAUUCCGCAGACAUGCAGCGCGGAGUUGCACUGGAAUGCAGUGACGGCCAAAUGCGAUUUGCCGGAGAGAGCACAAUGUACACUGGAAACUCCGCCAAAUACGCCGCCAGCGGAUAGUACAAAUAUCUCCAAUGAACUAAUCCAUUGCCCACCCCAUGGACAGCAUUUGUAUCCACAUAUGCGGCGCUGUGAGUUCUUCAUUUAUUGCGUUAAGGGCUACGCCACCUUGCAACAGUGCCCCUUUUAUUACUAUUUCGAUGUUGUUACCAAAAGCUGUCAAUGGUCUCGUACGGCAAUCUGUGCGAGGGAUUUAAAUUUCGCGCGUCAUUAGUAAUAAGUUUGUCUAUCGACUUCGAUUGUUUGUUAAA